AUGUCUAAUUUGCCUGAAUAUCUGAAACAAUCUGACAAGGAGUUGGUCCAUAAAUUCAAAUAUAUUCAAUACCAGGAAGAUCAACGAUUAAGAGACGCAACUGUUAAUCCAGAUACCUCUAGGUGGUCUCUAGGUAAAAGUGUAUUAAAGAGUAACAGUUCAAGAAACCGAUAUGUUAAUAUAAUGCCCUAUGAUCGUAACCGAGUAAAAUUGAAUGUAAUAAGAGGUAACGAUUAUAUCAAUGCUUCAUAUGUUAAGUUGAAUGUUCGAAAUCAAAGCAUUAACCCUGGUUAUUAUAUUGCUACUCAGGGUCCUACAAGUAAUACGUGGCAACAGUUUUGGCAGAUGUGCUAUAGUUCGUGUCCUUUUGAAAAUAUUGUUAUUGUGAUGGUAACACCUUUAAACGAGAAUGGGAGAGAGAAAUGUUAUCAGUAUUGGCCCAUGGGCGAAAAAUACGGUGACUCUAAUAGAAAGAUCAGUAAAAUACAAACGCCUGGUGGACCUGAUGAUGUGAGUGAAUUCCCAAAUGAAUUGGAAGUUGAAUUUGUUAAAGCCAAAAGAGUAAAUGGUGAUUAUGUAAUAACCACAUUGAACCUAAAACCAAUUGGUGAAAAUUCAUAUGGGAAGCCUAUUAAGACAAUUCAUCAUUUUUACUUUGAUCAAUGGAAAGAUAUGAGUAGGCCUGAAGAAGUUGUUCCUAUCAUGCAUUUAUGCCAGCAUUCUCAUAGCUUGAAUUCUAAUGAAAAUCCAAUCAUUGUUCACUGCUCAGCAGGUGUAGGGCGAUCAGGAACUUUUAUUGCGCUAGAUCAUCUGUUGCAUGAUACAAACGAUUUCAAAAUAGUUCCUACUGCAGGAUCAGGGAGUGGUGGCAUCCGUAUUCCUAUGCAGCAUUAUGAUCAUGAUUUAGUUGAGCAAGUAGUUAUGCAGCUUAGAAUACAGCGGUUAAAAAUGGUCCAAAUGGUAGAACAGUUUGCAUUUAUCUAUCAUGCAGCCAGAUACUUGUAUGAGAUUGUGUCGUCCUAA